AUGCUCUCCUCACCCACUGUGAUUCUCCAGCCUUAUGGACUCCCCAUCUACCCACAGGCCACUACAUGCUACCCCAACAUAGUUCAGGGAGGCCCCUCUCAGGAGGCCGGCCUCAGCGGCGGUGACCCCGCUCUGUCUCAGGUCUACGCACCCCCGCCCUCCUACCCACCCCCUGGUCAAGGUCCACCAACAUCUGCGGGCAGACUGCCACCUCUUGAUUUUACCUCUGCCCACCACAGUUCAGAGUACCCCGAACAUCCCCAACUGAGAAUAUACCAGGGCCCUCAGCUCGACGGGGCGGACACUCUGAUAUCCAGUAACACGGAGGACGUUUUGGCUCCUUUGACCUCUGACCCCCAGUCUCUGAGCGUGUCUGUGUCAUCAGGGGGCGGAGCAGGAAGUGGAAGUGAUGAGGAAGGUUCUAGUAAGGCCCAACCGAAACGCCUCCAUGUCUCCAACAUCCCGUUUCGCUUCCGAGACCCGGACCUCCGCCAGAUGUUUGGGCAAUUUGGGAAGAUCCUCGAUGUAGAAAUAAUCUUCAAUGAGAGGGGUUCCAAGGGCUUUGGAUUUGUCACUUUUGAGAGCGCGAGUGAGGCUGACCGAGCAAGAGAAAAGCUGAAUGGGACGAUUGUGGAGGGGAGGAAGAUUGAGGUUAAUAAUGCCACUGCAAGAGUCGUUACCAAAAAGCCCCAGACACCUCUAGUGAAUGGUGAAAUUGCAAGUUCUGGAUGGAAGAUCAACCCCGUCAUGGGGGCGAUGUAUGCGCCUGAACUCUACACAGUUGCCAGUUUCCCGUAUCCCGUAGCAACUCCCACCUUGGCCUACCGGGGCUCUGCGCUGCGCGGCCGAGGCCGAGCCGUCUACAACACGAUUCGCUCUGCUGCGGCCGCGCCUGCUGCUGUGCCCGCCUACCCCCAGAUGGUGUAUCAGGAUGGACUGUAUGGACCAGAAGUUUUUGGUGGCUAUCCUGCAGCUUAUAGAGUGGCUCAAUCAGCAUCUGCUGCCACCGCAACCUACAGUGACGGAUACGGACGUAUUUACACGGCAGCUGCGGAUCCCUAUCACCACUCGGUUGGACCAACGGCGACAUAUGGAGUUGGUACAAUGGCCAGCUUGUACAGAGGAGGAUACAACCGCUUCACCCCGUACUGAAGCACCCGCCGCAGGAGACGGGAAGACGGCUCUUUUGAACUCUGAUAUCGGUUGAUUCACUGACACCGAUUGGGAGAUCAUUGGAAAUGAUUUUAGUUCCUGGCUUCAUCACAACCUCUCCUUGAGAGACUAAACAGACUGAAGUUGUAAAUAGUCCCAUUGUCCAUUCUACUGGCGAAUACUCAGCACCUGAAAGAGGAUGCGAUGUAUGUAAUAUAUAUAGACAGUUUCUGAAAACUUUUACAGGAUUAUUGUUUUUCUGAAUUUCAAGAGCACUGACUUAUUUUUGAUGACGAUUAUUUACAAAAAAAAUCAGUUCAAGUGUGUGUGUGUGGGGGGGGGGAUGUGUGUAUGUGUGUGUGUGUAUGUGUGUGUGUGUGUGUGUGUGUGUGUGUGUGUGUGUGUGUGUGUGUGAGAGCAUAUGAGUGAGGUUACACAUCAAUAUUGAUCCGUUGGCAGAUCAACCGAGACACAGCUGGUGUCGGUAUCACGAACAGCAGAACUAAUGUUUGUCUGGAUGUAGUUGGAAUAACAUUUUCUUUUUUGCAUUUCUAACAGUCUACCUCUCAAACAUAUUUCACUUUUAAUACAGCUGUCUUUAUUAUAUCUUGUAUCUGUGCUUGUGAACUUUGAUUCUGCAGAAGUAUUUAAAUGUUUGCGGUUCUCGUCUGAAUGCUGCAGAUGUAACUGCUCACUGUUGGAGCUCAAGUGUCCUCUUGUUGCCUUCUUUCACUCUUUACUUUCAUCUUCUUUUCCUGUGAUAUUCUCUGUCUUUCCUCACUCAGAGCAGGUGAGUGACUUGUAUUGAUUAUUUCUUCUCCUCUUUGUUUCUGUUGCAGUCUUUUUCUGCUGUUUUUCAUGGUUACCUCUAAAUAAAACUGUAUUCUCUCUUUUCCUCUUCUGUCCAUUAUUUAUUCAUAACAUUUUCCAAUCUUUUUUUCUUCAUCCUUGUAUUUGGGUUGUUUUGUUUCUAUGCUGCUCUGAUGCCAAAGAUGCCUUGACUUGUGAUUGAUUGGAAUGUCAAUGUUAAAGUAACUGAUAAUUGAAUGGAUCAUUUCCAUCAGGCCUUACACAGAAACCGAAGCAGCCUCUUCCCUCUUUUCUAUUUCUGCUUAUGUUUACCUUGUUUCCUGCUUCUCUAAUUUCAAUUCUUAAUUUCACUCCACCGCCUUCUUUUUCCCACCAGUCUAUACCCAAAUUCAUUCUUUUAUUUCGUAGUGGUAGCUGAUUAUAUGUCUACUUGAUAUAUGUUUUAACCUUAUUUCUUCUUUUUAACUGUCGUCUUUGCCUUUGGCUUUAUCGCUUGCAUGAUUCAUAAUUCUUCUCUCCUCAUUUCCUCUUCUGUUCUUGCAUACUACAUAAGUCUGGCUUUAUUCUCUUAUUAUAUCUGCUUUUUUCUCUUUGCUUGUUAGUGCUUUGUUCUCUGUCUUCUGCAUUUAUUUAUAUAGCUAGUUUUGCUGCUCUGCUUUUGCAUUGUUCUAUUUCUCUCAAUAGUUUAUCUUUCUUUCUUUUUAAUGGAUUCUCUAUCUAGAUGGCCAGUUAGCUAAAAGCAUUUCAACAAAUUUUGUACAUCAAGAAAAAAAGAAAUCAUAAUUGUAUUGUAUUUGGCGGCAUGUAGUCAGGCUUUCAUGGAUUGUUUAUGCAGAAACGUCUUCCUUUGAUGUCGUCUCAUACCUCAAUAAAAAUGUCAAUAACUGUAAACAUGAACAAAAAAACACCAGUGUCAAGUAACCAAACUCAUCUUAUUUUUAGUCUUUCAGUCACAAGUGCCUCACUCGAUAUUUAUGACAUUUCACAA